AUGGCUGUAGUUAUGAAGAAAUACAGGGGCAUAGGGGCUGAGGAAGGAGUGCUCUUUGGGGAACUAGAGAAACACGAGGUAACCAAGACUCCCCGGUACCUUUGCCUCCUGAUUUGCACUUCCCUGCUGGCUCCGGCAGCACUUCUUCUUGCCUUUGACAUAAAAAACUUACAUCUCUGCAAUGGCACACUGGAUGAAAUUAUGAAUCUUCACCCAGAGUCCUUCCCGCUUGAUAAGGAUGACAAACAUGCUCGACAGGUCAGAGACAUUGCCCCUCAUCCACCAGUGGCUCAUGGCUGGCCCAAGGACUGCAGUGAGAUCCCUGCAGGUAGCCGCAGUGGUGUCUACAUCAUCCAGCCAAAAGGACUCCACCAGCUCGUGGUGUACUGUGAAAUGAAUGUGACAAAUGGGGGCUGGACGGUCAUCCAGAGGAACCAGAAAGACACAGCUGUCACCUGGGCUGAGUCCUGGAGCACCUAUAAAUAUGGCUUUGGGAACGUGCGCAGUGAGUACUGGCUGGGCACCGAGUACAUUCAUCAGAUUGCCAAGCAGAAGGUCUACCAGGUCAGAUUUGUCAUCUGGGAUACCAAAAAUAACAUCAAAUUUGCAGACUACAACCUCUUCAGUGUGGAAGAUGAGUCCCAUGGCUACCGGUUGAGGCUGGGCUCCUACACAGGGACAGCAGGGGAUGCCAUGACUUCAGACAAUCCCAACACUAUGCAUGACAACAUGAAGUUUUCCACAAAAGAUCGGGAUCAGGAUACUUACAGUAAGAACUGUGCCUACAGCUAUGAGGGUGGGUGGUGGUACUCGGCAUGUUAUUCUGUACGGCUGAAUUUCAAGGGUGGCAUGACAUGGGGUAGCCUGUGUAAAGGGGACUGCAAAUCCUCCCUUAUCCUCAUCAAACCAGCUCCAUACUGUUAGUGCUUCUUCCCCCUCCUGUAUGCACUGGGUGCUCUCAAAGGCU